GGCUGGAGGAGCAGGAAGGAGGGCUGGGGCUACGUAGGGAAGAGUGAUGGGCAGCUAGGCAAAGGAACCUGGAUGGACAGAUGGACGCGUGGGGGUCCGGGGGGGUGCAUGGCUAGCUCGGGAGGCAGCUGAGGAGACAGACAGAGGGACGGACCGGCAGGCUCCGGGGCAGGGGCUAGUAGCCCCCAGGAGGCCCGUGCCAGGCCACGCUGCAGAGGAGGCCCCUCACCUCCCACCGUGCCCCCCCAAGGGGGGUCCCGAUGCCCGGCGCCUGCCAUGGCCUGCCUGCACGAGACGAGGACGCCAUCGCCCUUGCUGGGGGCGGGGCUGGGCGCGGCAGCGGCCGGCACACCGGAGGAGCAGGAGCUGACGCCCACACAGUGUGUAUUGCGCGACGUGGUGCCCGUGCAGGGCGGCGGGCACAGCCCCACCCCCAGCGACGAUGCCCGCCAGCCCUUCGCCAACAGCGUCCUGGCCCUGCACGAAGCUGACGGCGGUGCCGGGGUCGGCAGCCCUGAUGGGCGCCAGGGCCGGGCCCAGGCUGACCAGAUGCGGCUGCACUGCCAGGCUGGCGGCGGGUUCCUCGAGGGACUCUUCGGCUGCCUCAAGCCCGUCUGGACCAUGAUCGGCAAGGCCUACGCCACCGAGCACAAGCAGCCCCAGGAGGACCCGUGGGAGGUGCCCUUCGAGGAGAUCCUGGACCUGCAGUGGGUGGGCUCCGGGGCACAGGGCGCCGUUUUCCUGGGCCGCUUCCACGGCGAGGAGGUGGCCGUCAAGAAGGUGCGAGACCUCAAGGAGACUGACAUCAAGCACCUGCGCAAGCUCAAGCACCCCAACAUCAUCACCUUCAAGGGUGUGUGCACACAGGCGCCCUGCUACUGCAUCAUCAUGGAGUUCUGCGCCCAGGGGCAGCUGUACGAGGUGCUGCGGGCCGGGCGCAAGGUCACGCCCUCGCUGCUGGUUGACUGGUCCAUGGGCAUUGCCGGUGGCAUGAACUACCUGCACCUGCACAAGAUCAUCCACCGCGACCUCAAGUCCCCAAACAUGCUGAUCACCUACGACGACGUGGUGAAGAUCUCGGACUUCGGCACCUCCAAGGAGCUGAGCGACAAGAGCACCAAGAUGUCCUUCGCCGGCACCGUGGCCUGGAUGGCGCCCGAGGUCAUCCGCAAUGAGCCCGUCUCCGAGAAGGUUGACAUCUGGUCCUUCGGGGUGGUGCUGUGGGAGCUGCUGACGGGCGAGAUCCCCUACAAGGACGUGGACUCCUCGGCCAUCAUCUGGGGCGUGGGCAGCAACAGCCUCCACCUGCCUGUGCCCACCGGCUGCCCCGACGGCUUCAAGAUCCUUCUCCGCCAGUGCUGGAACAGCAAGCCCCGGAACCGGCCGUCCUUCCGGCAGAUCCUGCUGCACCUGGACAUUGCCUCCGCAGAUGUCCUCUCCACCCCACAGGAGACCUACUUUAAGUCCCAGGCUGAGUGGCGGGAGGAGGUGAAGCUACACUUUGAGAAGAUCAAGUCGGAGGGGACGUGUCUGCACCGGCUGGAGGAGGAGCUCAUCAACCGGCGCCGUGAGGAGCUCCGGCACGCGCUGGACAUCAGGGAGCACUAUGAGCGCAAGCUGGAGCGAGCCAACAACCUGUACAUGGAGCUCAACGCCCUCAUGCUGCAGCUCGAGCUCAAGGAGAAGGAGCUGCUCCGGCGGGAGCAGGCGCUGGAGAAGAAGUACCCAGGGCUGUUCAAGCCUCACUCACCACGCGGGCUGCUGCAUGGCAACACCGUGGAGAAGCUCAUCAAGAAGCGCAACGUGCCCCAGAAGCUGUCGCCCCACAGCAAGAGGCCGGACAUCCUGAAGACAGAGGUGCUGCUGCCCAAGCUGGAUGCAGCCAUGGCCCAGGUGUCACUGCCCAGCUGCGCCAAGGGCCCCACGUCGCCAGGCCGCAGCCGGCGCGCCAAGCCCCGCUACCGUAAGGCCAAUGCCAAGGGCAGCUGUGGGGAGCUGGUCGGGCCCCCCCCGAGCACACCGGCCUGCCCGGAGCCCGGAGCCCCGAGCCGGGGGCACCUGGAGCCGUGCGCGGCGCUGCGGGGGCUGCAGCAUGACCUGCUGCUGCGCAAGAUGUCGUCGUCCAGCCCUGACCUCAUCAGCACCACGCUGGAGGCUGAGGCCCGCAAGGGCUCUGCACCCCCAGGCCCCGAGUCGCCUCCUGCUGAGCAGCCACGCAGCGACACGCCCAGCGAGGACACGGCCUCCGUGCCCUGUUCCAGCAGCCCCGACUCGCCCUCGACCCGCACAGGCGCGGCUGGACCCCCUGCCCGGGCACCCCCUCCCGGGCUCCUGGGCCUGGCACCGCGGCCGCCCCCGGGCCCCGAGGAGGAGGCGACUGCGAGCAGGGGGGGGCGGGCACCAGCCGCGCAGCCCCAGCAUUUGACGCCGGCCGCCCUGCUGUACCGCGCUGCUGUCACCCGUGGCCAGGUGAGCUGGGGUCAACUGCCCCUCGACCUGCCCCUGGGCCUGUCUGACGGGCUGUCCGAGAAGGAGGCUGCCGUCCGCCAUGUCCGCAGCCAGCUCGGCGCCACCGAGGUCAGCACUGCCCUCCUCCCGUCCUGA